CACACUUCUUCUUCAAUCCAAAAAAACUUUCACAUACAAUCUUGGAAAUGGAGCACGCCAAUGGAAAUGUUGAAAUGAGGUCCUUUAGGGACCCACAAAAAGUGGAAGAUUGGAUGUCCGAGGACGAUUCUAGAAAGGCAAAAUGGUGGUAUUCAUCUUUCCACAAUGUUACAGCUAUGGUGGGCGCUGGCGUGCUUGGGUUACCUUUUGCUAUUGCUCAGCUUGGAUGGGUUCCAGGUGUUAUAAUGCUCAUAGUUUCGUGGCUUCUGACAUUUUACACACUGUGGCUACUUUGUGAAAUGCACGAGAUGGUUCCUGGGGAGAGGUUUGAUAGAUACCAUGAUCUUGGAAUUCACGUGCUUGGUCCUAAGAAAGGGCUUUGGCUGGUGAUGCCGCAGCAGCUAACGGUUCAGGUGGCCUCGGCCAUUGUUUACUGUGUCACCGGUGGCAAGUCCCUGAAGAAGUUUUUCCAAAUACUGUCAGUUCGUGGCAUGAGUGACAUCAGACAAACAUAUUACAUUCUAUUCUUUAUAGUCUUGCAGAUCUUGCUUUCACAAACUCCUAACUUCCAUAAUUUGAAAGCAGUUUCUUCUCUGGCCGCCGUCAUGUCAAUCUGCUAUUCGAUGGUGGCCUUUAUCAUGUCUGUUGUUGAGGGUUUGAAGGGUCAUCCUCGGAGUUAUGGAGUUCGGUCUCACACAACUGCAGGGAUGACUUUCGAUGCCUUCAAUGCCCUUGGAACCAUUGCUUUUGCCUUUGCCGGUCACAGUGUUGCCUUGGAGAUUCAGGCCACAUUGCCGUCAACAGUAGAGAAACCUUCAAAGAUUCCAAUGUGGCGAGGUGUGGUUGUGGCAUAUUCCAUAGUCAUUUUUUGCUAUUUAACAGUUGCAGUAUCUGGAUUCUGGGCAUUUGGAAACGCUGUUGAAGAUGAUGUUCUCAUCACACUCGAACACCCCUUUUGGCUCAUUGCUAUAGCUAACUUUAUGGUCUUUAUUCAUGUUGUGGGAAGCUUCCAGGUUUUUUGCAUGCCUGUGUUUGAUACAAUAGAGACAAAUUUGGUGGAAAAAUUGAAUUGUAAUCGCUCAGUCAUGCUUCGCGUUGUUAGUCGAACAAUUUUUGUUUGUAUUGUGGGAUUCAUUGGCAUGUGCAUUCCAUUUUUUGGAGGACUGUUAGGGUUUUUUGGAGGACUAGCAUUCACGUCAACAUCAUAUAUUAUUCCUUGUAUGUUAUGGCUUGAGGCAACAAAACCUAGAAAAUGGAGUUUCCAUUGGGUGGUAUCAUGGUUUAGCAUCAUUGUUGGAGUUAUCAUAGCACUUCUUGCACCGAUUGGAGGAGUACGAACAAUUGUGGUUUCCGCCAAGACAUACCAACUAUUUUCCUAA